CCCGCUCUCCAAAUGCUCCUGGCCUCCUCCAGCCGCCCCUUCCAGUCAGCUGCUCCUCUCCCUCCCCCAAGCGCCUUUUGCAAAGUGAGGGGAGGAGCUGAGGCCCACUUUUCACCUACGAUGCUUUGGGGGAUCCUCACCACCACCAGCCCCCGCCCCACGGGAAGGGAAGCCACAGAGCCCGAGCGAGGCCUCCAAGGAAAGGGGCGGGGAAGCCAAUUCCUUCCUCUUUUCUCUUUGCAGCACCAUCAGAAGCCGCUUCCCCCAAAAGAAGCCUGUCUUCAUACCCACAUAAGGAAAGGAAAGGUGACCCAAUAGAAGAAGAAGAUGGAAGAACAGGACCCAGAAGGACCUGGACUUGGAAAGAGAGCAAGGAAAGAGCGCAAUCCCAUCCAAGCUGGGAGUGUUGUUGCAUUCUGGGAGAGAAUUGUGCCAGAGGUCUGGGAUCGAGAGACCCUGAACUCAGAAGUAUUUUGCCGACGCUUCCGGCAGUUCCACUACCGUGAUGCCGGGGCCCCCCGAGAGGUUUGCAGCCAGCUCCAUGGACUUUGCAGUCACUGGCUGAAGCCAGAGAGGCACUCCAAGAAGCAGAUCCUGGACCUGGUGAUCCUGGAGCAGUUCCUGACCGUCCUGCCCCACGAAAUGCAGUGCUGGGUCAGAGGAUGUGGGCCGGAGACCAGUUCCCAAGCGGUGGCCCUGGCCGAGGGUUUCCUCCUGAGUCAGGCAGAGGAGAGGAGGCAGGCAGAACAGAGGUUGGGUCUUUCCAUGAAGAUGGAAACUACGUUGGAAAAAGCUCCGUUGGAGGAAGAGCAGCUGGGUCAGGCCCAGGAAUGUCCCCAAGAUGCUCUCUCACAUGGUAAGGGCUCAUACGAACACGAUGGGAUUUGGACACCCAGUAAAUAUGAUGGGUAG